UCUCAUCCCAUUCAAGUGCCAUGGACUGAGUGAAUGUGAGAGCGACGUGCUCUGUGCAAAUAUGAUGUGGUUUAUUGGUUCCGUGGACCAUGUGUAGAGUUUUCUCUGCGUAAAAGAUUUUGAUUGAGAAUUUGUGAAUUAUGAUGAUUGAUUCAGUAAACUUCUUGCGUAAAUGUCAAUAGGAGUGACUAGUUGUGUGUGUGUGUGUGAGAGAGAGAGAUUGAGAGAGAGGCCUCUAUGUCUCUACAAUCUUGUGACAAAAGAUGCAUCCCCUCUGUCUCCAUCACAUAGGUAACCCUGCAGAUGACCUUGUCGACAUCAUAAACAAGAAUCGAACAGCUCACAAGGUCCCGACACUGCAAAAUAACCCGGGGCUUGGAUGCAUGGCCCUGCAGUAUACAGAGCAUUGCGAAAGGAACUGCUCCAAAAACAAUACAUUGACAUGCAAAACCCAAGAAGAAGACAUUGUAGAGGUCUUUGCUCCUAACUGUGGAGUUGAGCUCCCCACUGUUAAUAUUAUCUCUGGGCACAUUGUUGGGUGCUGGUAUAAGUAUCUUGAGCCCUCUGAAAUCUUUGGUGCAGUUCUAGUUCGGGAAAAGAAGGCUUUAUCUUUCAUUCUGAGUAAAGAACACAAAGAGGUUGGAGUAGGCCUGAGUAGCUCUAAUGGCAAGCCUCCAUUCUUCUGGUGUGUUCUGUUUAGCAGUGGAGCUAGAAAUUCUUCAUUUGUUCUUGAUGUGGGGUUGGGUAUUAAGGAGAACCAUGGCUGCUUUAGUGGAAAGGGGAGCCCCUGCAGUGGUGUAAAGAGGUACUCAGGCUUUUCCAAUGAUGUUUUUGCUUUGUUUCUGGUUAUGUUAAUGAAUUGGCUUGUAGCCGGUCUCUGAUGAAUGAGACCAGAUUAAGCUUAGAGUUUCUUGUUGGGAGAUAGGGUCAAAAAAAAAAAUAAAAAAAUUGUCUCUUUAAGAAGGCAAGGAAGUGGUUUAACCGUGUAUGCAUCGGCAUUCUCUUGUUCUUUUGGUUUGGUGAGGAGGUGAGCACCUAAUUUAAAUUUGAAAGGUUAUAUAUGUAUUUUAUGAGUAGAGAAGCAAGGAAAUGGUGCUCUUAGAAUCAA